AGCGAGUGUAAUGUUUCUCGCCCAGAUCGCGGGCGCCCGUGCGUCUCCCGCCGAACCUGCGGACCCGCGCGCCGCAGGCCCCGCCCCGCGGGGGAUUCUGGGAGCGACGUCGCGGGUCUGGGGUCGCGGGACCCAAUUCCCCUGCCCCCGGCGCGGGGAGGACUUUGUUCUUCUUCAAGAAAGCAAGCUGAUGAAGGAAGGAAGAAUGGCUGUUGGACUUUGUAAAGCUGUGUCUCAGGGGUUGGUGACCUUCUGGGAUGUGGCUGUAGACUUUUCCCAAGAGGAGUGGGAAUGGCUGGACCCAUCUCAGAGGGAUUUAUACAGAGAUGUCAUGUUGGAGAACUACAGGAACUUGGUAUGGCUGGGACUCUCCAUUUCUAAGCCCAACAUGAUCUCCUUACUGGAGCAAGGAAAGGAACCUUGGAUGAUGGAGAGAGAGAUGUCAUAUGGUCAGUGUGCAGACUGGGAGUCUUGGUGUGAAAUCAAGGAAUUGUCUCCAAAAUGGUAUACUAAUGAAGAAGAAAUAUCCCAGGGGAUGAUAAUGGAAAGGUUUACAAGUCAUGGCCUUGAGUGCUCCAGUUUCAGAGAAGUCUGGAAAUAUGAGAGUGAAUUUAAGAGACAUCAAGGAAAUCAAGAGAGGCAUUUCAGGCAAGUGACAACUUUAAAGGAAUUCUCUACUGGGAAAAGAGACAAUGGAUAUAAUAAUUCUCAGAGAAGCAUCCAACUGAAAUCACUUUUAACACAACAGAGAGUUCCCACAGAAGAGCAAGUACAUAAAUUUGAUAUUUAUGAAAAAAUCUUCCCCCCAAAUUCCAUCAUAAUUGAACGUAGAAGACUCCAUGCUGAGAAGGAAUCUUUGAUAGGUAAUGAAUAUGAAGACAAUUUCAACCAAAGUAGACAUCUUGCUAAAGAUAUAGGAAUUCCUCCUGCUGAGAAACCUUAUGAAAGUAAUGAUUUUUCAAAUCUCUUAGGUUUCCACUCAUUAAUUACUCAGCAUCAGACAACUCAUUUUAGAAAAUUACCCCAUGGAUACAAUGAUUGUGAUGAUGCCUUUAGCUGUUACACAUUCUUUACUCAGCCUCAGAGAAUUCAGAGCAGACAGAAAUCAUAUGCAUGCAAUGACUGUGGAAAAGCUUUCAGCCAUGACUUCUUUCUCAUUGAACAUCAGAGAACUCAUAUUGGAGAUAAACCUUAUGAAUGUAAGGAAUGUAACAAAGCCUUCCGACAGAGUGCACACCUUGCUCAACAUCAGAGAAUCCACACUGGAGAGAAACCUUUUACAUGUAGUGAAUGUGGGAAGGCCUUUAGCCGUUAUGCCUUCCUUGUUGAACAUCAGAGAAUUCACACGGGAGAGAAACCAUAUGAAUGUAAGGAAUGUAACAAGGCAUUCCGACAGAGUGCACACCUUAAUCAACAUCAGAGAAUUCACACUGGAGAGAAGCCCUAUGAAUGUAAUCAAUGUGGAAAAGCCUUCAGCAGACGCAUAGCCCUUACUCUGCAUCAAAGAAUUCAUACAGGAGAGAAACCCUUCAAAUGUAAUGAAUGUGGGAAGACCUUUGGCUAUCGUUCACACCUUAAUCAACAUCAGAGAAUUCAUACUGGAGAAAAGCCCUAUGAGUGCAUCAAAUGUGGGAAGUUUUUCAGGACUGACUCCCAACUUAAUCGACAUCAUAGAAUUCAUACUGGAGAGAGACCAUUUGAAUGUAGUAAAUGUGGAAAAGCCUUCAGUGAUGCUUUAGUUCUAAUUCACCAUAAGAGAAGUCAUGCAGGAGAGAAACCCUAUGAAUGUAAUAAAUGUGGGAAGGCCUUCAGCUGUGGCUCAUACCUUGAUCAACAUCAGAGAAUUCAUACUGGAGAGAAACCCUAUGUAUGUAAUGAAUGUGGGAAGGCUUUUCACCAGAUCUUGUCCCUUAGGCUACACCAGAGGAUUCAUGUUGGAGAAAAACCCUAUAAGUGUAAUGAAUGUGGAAAUAAUUUUAGCUGUGCUUCAGCCCUUAGACGACAUCAGAGAAUUCAUAAUAGAGAAACUCUCUGAUUAUAACAGACAGAGGGAAGAAAACAUUUAAUCACCACUCAGUCUUUAUUGAAUGGCUGUGAAAAUUUUUUGUGUUAAUACAAUGAAUGUAGUAUAUAUGGGAAAGCCUUCAGUCCAUAAGCACCCCUUAUUUAAAAUAGCCUCAGUAAUAGACAUCUGUUGUUUUUUUAUCUGUUCUAUAUCCCAUUUGAGAAUUAACCCAUCCACACUGCAUAGCAUUCUGAUGAAACUUAAUCAGGGAGAAUAAUGGAUUGGUCACAGGAUGACCAGUUAUUUUCUAUAACCUUGUGACUAAUAAGGGACUGGCAUGUGGGACUGUCUGGGCCAAUAGAGUCCGCUGGGGUAUUUUAAUGGGCAGUAAGAGAGAGAUUCAUUUUUAUUUCUUGUAGACUUGCUAGCUUUGAGGAUUAAGUAAGGUUAAAAACUCACCAGUACCUUUUUUGCCGCCACAUGAAGAAAGCCUUCCAAAAAACAAAACCAACCAAAGGAAAAUGGAGAUGAGAGGUAUAAGUCUGAUGAGGUUGUUUGAUCUCCUGGAUCCAUCAUGCCUGAAGUCUAUACCAUCCUUUACCUUUUCAUUUUUUUGAGUCAAUAAAUUCCCUUUUUUGUUUAAGUUAA